AUGAAUAUUGAAACACAAGUAUAUGGUGUGAAGGAUAUUUCUCAAAAGGUUGACAAAGUAAUUGUCAACCUAACCUAUUCUCCAAGAGCAGCCACUCUAAAAAGAAAAUUCGGAAAUUUGCCAGUUCGGUAUAUGCGAACUAAAAUCGAAAGCGAGGAGGAGUUUAAGCUCCUGGAACAGAUCGAUGAAAUAUUUUCUACCGAUGAGGAUGCUAAUGAUGCUGAUGAUGAUGAUGAUGAUGAGGUGGCAGAGGCACAGCAGCAGCAGCAAGCCUCAGCUAGUGCUAGAGCAUAA